AUUUAAUUUUUUUUCUAUAGGUAAGAGUGUAAAUCAUUUUUUAAAAAUAAUGAAUACUAAAUCAGUGUAUUAUAUACCCACUAUUUUUAAUUUCCAUAACUAACCACUAAUGAUCAUUGAAAUGGUAACAUAACAAUAAAUUAAUCGGUUUUUUUUUAGAUCAAUUCAAUUACCAGAUCAAAAAAUGAUGCCUACACUUAUAUAUAUAUAUUGCUGGUAUAAUUGCAGUUUAGCUCCUAAGCGAUUUAUUUUAUUGAAACAUAUGGUAUUUCAAUGAGUUAAGAACGAUGUUGCAAAAAAAAAUUUGCGCAAAUAAUUAUUUUGGAAAUUAUAUCCUUCUAAAGUUAGCGAUUUUAUGUUUUUACGUAUAAGCGCGAAAUACCUACUACCUAUAAUACCUGUACUUUAAUGUCACGCGGAGGUGGUAGGCGAAGGUAUACUCCGUUCCACAACGACACGACCAUUUAUUUAUUUGACCAUGGAAUCUGGAUCAGUUUUGCAUACGCUACCGUCAGUCGUCGUCUAUCUCAUUAUUAUGCCGACUAUAUAAUUAUUAUUAAAAGUCGUAACGUGCGUAUUAUUAAUUGUAUAUUGUAAGUGUGAAUUAUCGUUUUUAAACUAAAACUAUAUUUAAACCAUAACUCGUAAUAUUAAAUAAACAAUAAUGAAUAAUACAACAUGCGAGUGUGCAAUCGAAAAAUUACUUUUAAAGCCUACGCACUUUGGCGAGAGAGAAAAUAUUAUUGAGAUGGGAAGACCCACGCCAGAAUUGCCUUUAUUAACAUUUCAAUAUGAGUAUUACAGUACAUAUAAGUGGUUAGCGGGUUGUAAAAAAACAAAUAAACUAUAUUGCUGGCCUUGUGUUUUGGAAUCAAGUGAAGAAAAUGUUUGGACUAAAGAUGGUUUCGACGAUCUCAAUAACUUUCAUCAUUUCGUAAGUCAUCACGAAGCCACUAUAAAACACAUAGAAAGUUUAGUAAAUUUAACUCGCUUUGGAAAAGUUCAUAAAGAUGUAUGGACUUGGUUGGAUGAACAUUUCAGAAAAAGAGUUGAAAGAAAUAAUGUUAAAGUUAAAAAUAAUAGAUACAUAUUAAGAAGUAUGAUAGAUUCAACGUGUUUUUUAGUUCAGCAAGAAUUGGCAUUUAAAGGCCACGACGAGUUAGAUUCGUCUGUUAAUACAAUCGGACCACCGAUACAGUGCUACUCUCGUACAAAUAGGCGGGCGGAGAAAAAGCAGCCACUGUGUCUUGGAGGGUUUAGUAGUGGUGAGAAUGCGCGAAAACGGAAGAAGAAAGUGCCCUGGUUAGGUGGGCCCUCUCAGUGGCCCGACAACAGGGUUUCAGACGUCCUUCUUAAAGAAAUUGAAAAUCAAAUACGCGAUACUCCGUUUGUUGCAAUAAUAAUAAUUAUGGACGAGACGACUGAUAUUGCUUCAAAGUCACUGCGGUUAUCGACAGUUUUGCGUUAUGUUAAUACCAGCAAUAGUAACGAAGUCGUCGAAAGAUUUUUGGGAUUUACUGAUAUUAGUGAAAAUCGAUCCGCGGAAGCAUUAUCAGAGCAUGUAUUUGGUUUUAUUUCAAAGUAUGCGUGUGAAGAAAAAUUUAUAGGUCAAACGUAUAUUAUGUCCGGGCAACAGGAUAAUUUGCAAUCGUUAGUGCGUUCGAAAUAUGAAAAUGCUAUUUCUGUACAUUGUUAUGCACAUAAACUAAAUUUUGUCAUAGAACAGUCGGUUGAGUAUAUUAAAGAUUGUAAAACAUUUUUUUCAACCCUUUCUGGUUUAUCGUCUUUCUUUUCAACAUCUACCAAACGAGUACACGCACUUGAUAAUGUAAUUUUAGAACGUAUUAGACGAGGUGUUAAAUCAGUAGUUCCAACAAAAUGGAACUACAAUAGUCAAAUUAUUGAAAUGAUGGUUGAACACAAAGUAGAUGUUAUAAAUCUUAUGGAAUCAAUCAUAGAUAAUGCCCAAAGUUGGGAUUCGGAAACAUGGGCAUCUGCUAAAGGGUAUAUGGAAAUUCUUCAAAGUUUUGAUUUCAAUUUUUUUUUAAAAUUAUUUUCAAUCAUUUUACCACAGGCAACGAAUAUUUUUAAAAAUGUACAACAAAAUUUUUUUGAUAUUUCUUAUUGCUCAAAAGAGAUUGACGAUUUCAUUGUCUAUUUAAAUAAUGUCAAGUCAAAUUUUGAUGAUGUUUGGUCACAGUUAGAAAUUAUAAACAAUGUUUCUGGAGAUGAAACAACUUAUUACAGAAGAUUAUUUUUUGAAAUAAUUGACGUUAUAAUUAAUAAGAUAAAAGAACGGUUUUCAAAUCUUAAUCAAUUACAAUUUUUCGCGUUAUUAGACUCUAAAAAAUUUAGUUUGUAUGCCAAUGAUUUUCCUAUUAACUUAUUCAAUUCGUUGGAACAAUUAUACGGUAAAUAUUUUGAUCUACCGAAAUUGAGAAGUGAACUUUCGGUUGUCUACUCGAUGGAUGUAUUUCUAACACCAGCUAGUGUUUACGAUAUUUUAAUUUAUUUAAAAACCAGAAAAUUAGAUGAAAACUUACCACAAACAACAAAAUUGAUUUCAUUGAUACUAACUAUUCCAGCUACUAGUGCAUCAGAAAAACGUUCAUUCUCAGCUCUUAAAAGGAUUAAGAAUUCAUCAAGAAAUUCACAUCAUGAACAAGAUCGUCUUAUUUCAUCAUUAUCAAUGCUGUCAAUAGAAAAAGAAUUGUUGGUAGAGUUGAAAAAAAAAUCUACGUUUCAUGAUGAAGUAAUCGAAACUUUCCUUACUAAAAAUACAACAAUUGAUUUAACACAGCGUUCCCCAACGUGGACACUCCCUCUCGGGGACGUUAGGGCUAUCUGGUGGGGCAAUGAAAGUUACUAGCUUAAUUAAUUUGUUAUUCAUUACUUAUGUACCAAUACAAUUUUUUUUUUUUUUGGUAGGGGGCGUCUGUCAUUUUUAAUUUUUACAAGUGGGUGGUAAAGAUAAAAAGUUUGGGAAUCACUGAUUUAACAUAUAGGUUAGUGUUUCCAAACUGUGGCCCCCGAACUUCUAGGGGUUCGCACGUCAAUUUAUUGAAAAUACAAUAUACUAUAUAGGUAUUAGGUAGUAUAUAUAAAAACGAAAAUUUUAUUUUUAUUAAGGGGGUCCGCAAUCGUUUUUACUAUCUCUAACGGGCCCGCCAGAGAAAAAUUUUGGAAAACGCUGAUAAAAGCAAUUUUUUAGUUAAUAAGUUUAUUAUUUUUAAAAAGUGAUUUAUUUUUUGUAGAUUAAAAUAUAUAAUAUUGUGUUAUAUAUUAACUAAUAUAUACCUAUUAACAAAUACGUAAAACUUUGUAUGUUUAAAGUUAAAUAUGAACACUUAAUAAAAUACUAUUUUUAUGCAUUAA